AUGGAUGGUCAGUGCAUAGGCAAAGGAUUACGUAUGAUUCAAGUGCAUGUUCUUCAUUUGGAUGACACUAUCCAUACUUUCCAAAUUUCGGGUCAUUCAUUAGGGGAAGAAUUAUUUGCAACAGUUGUCGAUCGAUUUAGACUACUUGAAGCUGAUUACUUUGACCUGGAAUAUGUAAACGAUGAAGGACUGAGAUGUUGGUUAGAUCACAACAAAACGAUUAUGCGGCAAUAUUCCACAAAACGAGAUUUUAUUUACCGAUUUAGUGUUAAAUUUUAUACUCCUCAUCCUAAUUUACUCGAAGAAGCUUACACAAGAUACUUGUUUGCAUUACAAAUAAAACGUGAUCUGGUUACCGGUACUUUAUUGUGCAGUGAGAACACAACUGCUCUGCUUGCUUCAUACAUUGUACAAGCUGAGAUUGGGGAUUUUAUUCAAGAAGAAUACAGAACAAUAUCUUAUUUGAAAUCCUUAAAAUUACUUUACGAACCAAAUGAUGAACGUCUGCGUCGAGUUAGAGAAUUCCACAAAUCUCAUAUUGGAUUAACCCCAACAGAAGCAGAUUUUGCUUUAUUGGAUACCGCGAGAAAAAUAGAAUUCUAUGGUGUUCGUUUACAUUUUGCACGUGAUCGUGAAGGCCUAGCCCUCAAUCUAGCUGUUACACAUCUUGGUUUAUUAGUAUUUCAAAAUUUAAUAAAGGUUAAUACAUUCUCUUGGGCAAAAAUAAGAAAACUAAGUUUCAAACGUAAACGAUUUCUUGUCAAACUACAUCCAGAAAAUUAUGACACAAUUGAAUUUAUAUUCGAUUCGCGUGACGAAUGCAAACAGUUCUGGAAAAAAUCGAUUGAGCAUCAUACAUUUUUCCGAUGUACUUAUCCUGAUCGUAAACUACAAAGACGUUCGCGUUUAACAUCAAGUGGGUCCUCAUUUCGAUAUAUGGGACGUACUGAACAGGAAUUGCAGGAAUAUGUGCAAAGAAAUUGUGAAAAACGACCUCCAUUCGAAAGACCGUCAGCUGCUAAGCAUACCAGUUUAUCUAAAAUUACUGCCCCUGCAUAUUCUACUAGACGACUGAAUUCAGGCUCACUAACAUUACGUUCAAGUUCAGCUGACAGACGUAAUUUCACGUCAGGUACCAUGGGUGGAAGUUUUGCCGGAACAUUAGUUACACAACCUGCACUAAAAAGAGCUCAAAGUAUGGGUGUUCAUGCAAUCAGUCGGGAUCAACAGGCUGCUGAAAGAUCCUCUACAGAUAUUCGCUUACCAAUCACCACACUAGCAACUAGCGGUUAUGCCACACUAUCUGGAAGUGUUAAUGAUAGUGGUCGAAGUAGUCAUCCAAAAAAUAUUGAGGAUUUAGAGCAGAGUGAAGUAAAAAUACUACAGUCAAGUUCACAAAAUGAAUCAGGACGAAGGAUGACUGGUGAUUGGAGUGGAGAGAAUCAACAUAAGCAGUCAGAUGAAGGCAUUUCUAGUCGUGCAUGGAAAUCUGAAGCAGGAUCGCCCGAUCAGAGUGAAGUCACAUCACUGUCUAAACUUAAUUUAGGAAUGGAUGCCUUUCUUAGUUCUCGAGAUGACCAGAUAUCUUUUUCUGACCAGCGAAACCAUGAAGAAUCAAAGGAAACAGGGGAAAAUUCUGACAACAUACAACUGAGCAAGAAAUCUACACACCUCUUUGAUAUACUUCAGGAUGGUUCAAUCAGAGGAUAUCUAUUUUCGUCUUCUCCUUCAUUUGACAAAGGCAGUGAACAAUUACCAGACUUAAGCAGCUUUCAGCCAACUGAACAUCAACUAAAUGAUUACUCUACAUCUCGCUCAUUCGAUCUGAAUCAUACAUGCGUUUCUAGUUCAGAUAACCAUCCUAGUUGGUCGCUUUCAUUAGCUUCAAAAGUUCUGUCCAGUCAACCAGAAUCAAUACACCGUUUCGAAUUCUCACAACCACCUCCUAAACCUCAUCGUACUUCUCAAAUUUUAACUGCACGUGAAGAGGAUAGUUUGAGAUCGACUUCUGAAUUUGAAAGAAAUACAAUUAUGGAGCCAUCAUUAGGUGAAAUAAUUCAACUUCAUAUGGAUAGAUCUAAUCUUAUAAAUCCGAUUACAUCAAGUGCAACACAACUCCUUGAAACAUACAGUACAGUACAAAAUAUUAGUACUGAUGAUAAUAAAGACGACAACACCUAUGGAUCAAGCAAUACAGUCACGAAUCUAUCUAGCUCGCAACCAUAUGAGGCUACAUUAAUUUUACCUACUGUUACCCAGCUUGGUUUAGAGAUUAGUUUGGAUAAAGAAUUAUCAUUUCUGCACACCAAUCCAAUCUUAUCCACUGAAACAAAUAAAGUAACUGGUUCUAAAACAUCAGUUACUGACAACGUACCAACAUUAGAAACAACAUCGUUUACACAUGAAAAUAAUACUGCAACAACAAUGACUCUAUCUAUGUUGCCUAAUUUAUCAAUAAGAUCACAAACUAUUUCUUCAUCUAUUACUAUACCACCAUUCACUACAUCUUUUUCUCUGAUGACUUCAUCACUUUCAACAACAACGACAACAGCACCAGUGGCAUAUCCAGAAAGUAUUACAACAACCAAGGGAUCACAAAGUCUAUUAGUUAGUGAUCAGUUAUUAUCUCCCGAUCACUCAAUACUGUACGAUUUUCUACCACAGGAAGAUACAUUUUCAAUUACUUUAAAUGAUAUUUCAAUGUUGAGGUCAUCUGAAGCAACUGAUAGAGCAUCAACAGAUAAGCAAUUACCCAAAUCAGAAGUAGAAUCAAACAGAGUGCAACUUACCGAUUUUCUACAAACAUUUGGUUUAACAAGUAGUUCAAAUGAACCUAUAGAUCUAGUUAAAUCUCUAGCAAAAUCUAAUGAAAAUGAAACUUAUGGAUGCUUGUUUCUGGAUGAUAUUUACCAUACUUUUAUCCAAUAAUAUGUGGAUAAUGUUUACCCAGCUAAAAAUUGUCAGUAAUCAAUGCAUCUGUUCAGUAAACUACAGUUACUAUUAUCAAAAUAUGUCGAUGUCAAUUAAAAAUUCAAGCUUAUGUCUAUUAAAAGGCAGUUAUAAGGAAAUUGAUUACUUAUAAGAAGUCAUUAAAUGUUAAUUCAUUUCAGACAUCAAAAGAGAAUUCUAUUUCUUUUAUAAAAACAACAUUUUAAGAGAAUUUCGCAAGCUUCUGACUAUGAAAAUAAAAGACAUUUUUGAAACGUGAUUAGUCGAUUUUUUCCAGCUCCAUAUUGAAAUACCAGAAAAAUUGAGUAGAAGAAAGAAGUCUGACAUUUUUCCAAAUUGGUCCCCUUUUCUAUUUUUGUACAAAAUAUUUUAUUUGUGCAUUUUAAGUAGUGCUAUUCAAUACCCAAAUGCAUAUUUAGUGCGUCCAGUUAUGUGUUUUGGAUGGACCCAAAUAACACCUUUUGCUUAUACAAUUUCACACAUCAAUAUUAAUUUAUUAUUGUCAAAUUACCAACCUCACCAUCACUGUAACGAGCCAGUCUCAUAUAGUUUAUGCCUAUUUAGAUUGAAUAUUCAGUUUUCUGAAUUAUCAAAUAUACUAUCAAAUUGACUUAUUUCGUUAUCCUUUUUGUGAUAUAGAAGCUCUCCUAAAAAGUCUUUUCUCUUCUCUUCUCAUUUGGAUAACACUGUCACAGUAGUAGUGUCUUUUUAUAUAAAACAUUUGAAUCCAUCUAAUCACAUCUUAACUUCCAAAUACAGUUAGCUUUUAAACUGAAGCAUUCAUAUGAUCAUACUGUGUUGAUUAAAGCAAUAAUUUUGAUCUGAAAAAAAUAAUUAAAUUACUCUUCAUAUUUACAGUUAAUUGGAUUGAAAAUUACUAGAUUUGUUUGCUACUUCGAAUCCCAAAUGAUUCUUUUCAUUGUAUUCAAUCAUACCAGUCUAGAACAAUAUUUCUUUAUUUAUCGAUCUUUAGAUUUUCAUGUCCUGA